AGUAGGAAAACUAGGUAACGAACGCAACAGAGUUGCGGUAAAAAAUAUUUAUUCUGCAACAUUAUUAGAAGUACGGAUUCAAUUAGUUACCAUCGGUGAUGUUUUAUUAAAAGAAGUGAAGAAUUUUACAAUGUAAUUAACGUCUAUGUUUUGCUACAUAGGACCAACAGGAUUUAUUUCUUGUUGAAGUAUGAGGGUCCGAGUGCCCCGCUGCCGCCUGUUCUCCAGUAGAGUCCUGGCUGUCCUACUCCUAGCGGCGGCCCUAGGAGCCUACUGCUACUACCACAGUGCAUCUCCCAAUACUUACCGAAAACCAGAAGCCCACUUUGCUGCGGAAGAUAUCCUCGUGAAGCUCCCGUCGCUAUCUGAUCAUGUACCACCCAUACGCUACGAAAAGGAGGCAUCGGAGGCAUGCCCCGUCCUGCGCGACAGCGCCGCCGACAUCGACACCGUGGCCGUCUACCCGUCCUUCGAAUUCCAGCCGAGCUGGAUGCGCACGAAAGAGUUCUGGGAUAGAAAAUUUGAAGAACGCUACGACAGGAUACGGAAUGAUAGUCGCCGGCCAAAGCUAAAGGUUAUUGUGGUCCCACAUUCGCACAAUGAUCCCGGGUGGCUUAAAACCUUCGAACAGUACUUCGAGUGGAAGACCAAGAAUAUCAUUAACAACAUCAUCAAGAAACUGAACCAGUACUCUAACAUGACUUUCGUGUGGUCUGAGAUUACAUUUCUGAACGCCUGGUGGGAGAGAUCGCAUCCUGUUAAACAAAAAGCUCUGAAGAAGCUGAUAAGAGAGGGUCGCCUGGAGAUAACCACCGGGGGCUGGGUGAUGCCCGACGAAGCCUGUACACAUCUGUACGCACUGGUUGACCAGCUCAUCGAAGGACAUCAGUGGGUGAAGAACAAUCUGGGCGUAGUUCCUAAAACCGGGUGGUCGAUCGAUCCUUUCGGGCACGGCCCCACCAUGCCCUACCUGCUGGACCAGAGCGGGCUCGAGGGCGCCGUCAUCCAGCGGAUCCAUUACGCCUGGAAGCAAUGGCUGGCGGAGAGGCAAAUAGAGGAGUUCUACUGGAUGUCAGGAUGGUCCGGUAAAAAACCGUCUCUCGUAGUUCAUAACCAACCCUUCGACAUUUAUUCUAUCAAAAGUACUUGUGGGCCUCAUCCGUCCGUUUGUCUGAGCUUUGACUUCAGGAAGAUACCCGGGGAAUACUCGGAAUAUACCGCGAAACAGGAGGAAAUCACGGACGUAAAUCUUCACAGCAAGUCGAAGACCCUAUUCGAGGAAUACGAGCGGAUCGGGUCGCUGACGCCGCACAACGUGGUGCUCGUGCCGCUCGGCGACGACUUCCGCUACGAGUACGCCGUGGAGUUCGAUGCGCAGUACACCAACUACAUGAAGAUGUUCAACUACAUCAAUAGCCGCAAAGACAUGUUCAAUGGUGAUGUGCAAUUUGGGACACCCUUAGACUAUUUCAGAGCGGUAAAGAAACGACACAAGGCUAUACCGACGUUAAAAGGUGAUUUCUUUGUCUACUCGGAUAUAUUUAGCGAGGGCAAACCCGCCUACUGGUCCGGUUAUUACACCACGAGGCCGUACCUGAAGAUCCUCGACAGGCAAUUGGAACAUCAACUGAGAUCCUCAGAAAUCCUUUUUACUCUCGUCUCCAACUACAUCAAGCAAUCCAAAAAUACGAAAUUAGUUUCAUCUGAGAAGAGAUUAGAAAAAUCUUACGAACAACUGAUAAAUGCGAGAAGAAACUUAGGACUUUUCCAGCACCACGACGCAAUAACGGGAACUUCUAAAGCUAACGUUAUGUACAACUACGGUACGAAGUUGUUUACAAGUUUGUAUCACUGUAUACGCCUGCAGGAAGCGGCCUUGACGGCCAUUAUGAUCCCUGAUGAGAACUUGCACUCCCAGAGCGUGCUUCAAAGCGAAAUUGAAUGGGAGACGUACGGAAAACCUCUGAAAAAACUUGAGGUUUCACUUUUCGAUAAAAAGAAAAUAAUUCUGUUUAAUCCACUCGCGGAAGCGAGAACCGAGAUUGUAACUAUCAGAUCGAAUACGACAAAUAUUAGAGUGUAUGAUACACGGCAAAACGUGUAUGUUCUUUACCAGAUCUCACCAAAUAUAGAAGUCGGCGCUGACGGCCGCCGCUCCAUCAGUGAAACUAGUUUCGACGUUCUGUUCGUGGCCACGCUGCCCGCGCUCACCGCUGUCACAUACAAUUUGGAAGAGCACACCAACAGAUCCCAUCAUUGUACCGUUUUUUGCAAUAAUUGCGAUACCAACCAAAAGGCAGAUUCGGAUAGAAUGGACAAUUUUGUAACAAAACGAAUGAUGCAAGGUGAUAUACAAUUGGAAAACGGUGUUAUGAAACUGCUGGUUGCCAGGAAUACGGGAUUCUUGCGACAAAUUUACAGAAAGGAUUUGAACAGAAAAAACGUGGUAGAAAUCCAAUUCGGCGCUUAUCACAGCGCACAGAGACAUUCCGGGGCUUACCUGUUCAUGCCGGAUAAUGACAACCCAGAAAAGGAUGUUCUAGGGCAGUACUCCAAAGGGAACAGCGAGCAGGACGAUAACAUCUUUAUCGUGUCGGGCCCAGUGUCCACUGAAAUAACUACCAUGUACUUGCCGUUCCUAGUCCACACCCUCAGGAUUUACAACGUGGACGAUCCUGCGCUCUCGCAUGGGCUGUAUGUGGAAAACGUGGUCGACUUCGAGAACCCUCCGAAAAACAGAGAAACCGAAUUUUUUAUGAGAAUUCAAACUAACAUACAAAAUGGAGACCCACAAGAGUUUUACACGGAUCAAAAUGGAUUCCAGUAUCAGAAACGUGUUAAAGUUGAUAAGCUGGGAAUCGAAGCUCACUACUAUCCGAUAACUACGAUGGCGUGGUUGCAGGACGACGAGACCAGGCUGACGCUGGUGACGAACCACGCCCAGGGCGUGUCGGCCUUCGAGCCUGGCCGCCUGGAGGUCAUGCUCGACAAGAGAACACUGUACGACGACUACCGAGGACUGGGUGAAGGAGUCGUGGAUAAUAAAGUUACGCUGUUCCAGAAUUGGCUGCUACUUGAACCGAUGCCUGGGUUGCAGAGGACAGUAAGAGAAGCCGGAGGGCAAGAUUUCCGCCAUUCCAAUGAGCGUUAUUUCAGCCCGAACCAAAAACCUUAUACCAAAGAAUCUACAUAUCAGUUGCCGUCACAAACGGCCGAAUAUUUAAGUAGGACGCUUAAUUAUCCAGUGAAUACAUUCCUGCUGGACACAAGUGAAGUGGGAGAGGUAGAAGUAAAGUCUCAUCAGACAUUCGUGGAGAACUUCCCGCCCGGGGUGCACCUGGUCACCCUCAGAACCAUCACGGACGACAUUUUGGACCAGUUCCCGAGUUCUUCCUGCUUUAUGGUAUUGCAGAGGCCCGGAUAUAGUUGCUCUGUAGGUUCGCAACAAGACAAAUCCACCAAAUUCACAUCUAAAACUUCAUUUACGGGCUUGCGUAUAGAAAAUAUUACUUCGGUAAGUUUAACUGGCUUAAAAACUUACAAAUUCUUGGCUGGAAUGAAAGAUGUUAAGAUAGAUCCUAUGGAAGUAUUAACUUACAAGAUCCGGUUUUGAAGACUGUUAGGUAAAUUAAAAAGUAAUAUUAUUAUUAGAAAAUAUUGACGUGACGUGAGAUAGCUUUAACAAACAAGGUUACCUUAGCGUAUCCUUGUUUCAAGUGUAGGAGAAUUUUGACUGGUUAAACCUUUUUUCGAAAUUUCGAGUAAACGGUACCUUCCUUUAAAAAAAUGUAGUCAAAAAUAAUACUCUGAUAAAAGAAACACAAAACUAUUAUUGACCAGAGUCUUCAUGAUUGCGACUGCUUCGUGUAAACCUACCUACGUCCUUGUAGGUAUCGGGCUUUACCUAUAUUAGGCAACCCCGACAUUAUCGUAUUUCGGUAUAAACCACCGCUAAAUUAUUUUCAGUUACCAUACAGAAAUAAAAUAAUGUCUUUAUUGUAUUUUCAGUAUAAGCCACAGUUAAUCGAUGAAUAUAGCGCCAUUUUUUCGUGAACGAUCAUUAGAACACAGUCAUUUAAAGCAAAGUAAAAUUAUUUUGUGGCCCAAUUUUGAGGGAGUGCUAUGGUUAGUUGGUUACAGUACAUAUUUAGCUUUUUAGUUAUACUUAAACAUUUGAAACAACAUAACAAGUAUUUUUUUGCAAUAUUAUGAAGUACAUUAUAUAAAAUUGUGAAUGGUUAAGUAGGUGUAUAGUUAAAAUUUGAUCACGAUCUCUAAUACUCGUACAUUCCGUUUAUUUAGUAAAAUUAGAAAAGUUGUAAAAAGUGCGACUAAGUAGUUGGUAUACUAUACACAUUGUUAAUCGUGAUUAGAGAAGAAUAUUGAAGAACGCCUAAAUAUGUUCUACGUCUUGAGACAUCUUAUGAAAUGGAAUGAUAAUUUCAGGACCAAAUAAACUUCGUCUUUAAAGUUUUGUAUCGAAUUGCUUCGGUUCGAAUGUAUUAGUUGCAAAAUUUUAUUUACUGCCGCAAGAAACUCCAAUGCAGUGCAGUAUUGUCUCGCUAAUUCUCGUUAAUUAAAGGAAGGUAAUACUAUAGUACUCGUAUUUAAUGUUCGAGAUGAGCAAGUAUGAGAUUGUAUAGUCAAUCGUAAAUCCUUAAAUCGGAGGCGCCAUAAAAAAGGCGUACUGAGCAUCAUUGUUACACUUGGGACAACUGUAAAUUUUAUUUCCAGUAGUUACCACAAAAAUUGUGUUAGACUUCAAUAUUGAUAAAAACAGUGUAAAUAGAGUGCUCCUCAACUAUUUUAGUUUUUCACUUGUACAGGUCAAAUUGUUUACCUGACCAAUGAUAUACUAAAUGAUAAAAGGUAAUAUUUAAGUGUAGGAAGGAGGAGUAUGCGAGGAAGAUGAUGAUUUUGAACUGUUCAUAUUUGUCGAAAGCUGGAUUUUGGGCUAACAAGCUCAUUGUAUCCCUACCCUACAAUGAGCUUUUUAAUCAGAACUUAAUAAAUUCUUAUUUUAGCCAUUUCAGUAUGAGGUGUCCAGUUAUUGGAAGAUGGCCAGUAAUAGACGAUUUACCCUAAUAUAUUUGAGUAAUCCAAAGUUUAGAGAAGUAACGAAUGCUUAGUAAAUUCUACAUUAUCUUUCCAUUAUUCCAAAGAGUCUCUAUUUGGCAAUAUUUUUACGAAUCUACUCCGUAUAGCAGUAGAACAAGUCAUAGGGGGUAAUAUCAGUACAAGCACACCCCAGUAAUUAAAGUUUGCUAAAAUACCAAAUUAUAAAUUAGUUUAAUGUGCAAUAAAAAUUAUGAUUUGUAGGUUAGGUUAGUUAAUUCAAAAUAUAAUUAUUAAUUAGGCAUAUCAAAUUACAUGGAAUUUAACCUAGCAUGUAUUUUAGAAACUUUCUUAGGGUAAUGAGUAUAGAAUUUUCGUUUUAUUGUAUAAUAAUUGCUGUGAUAGCGCUCAUAAUAAUUGUAACUAGUAAAUAAGCUUUGUUCGUGAAUGUGCCUAUGUAUAUCGUUACAUCUGAAGGCUUAAAGUGACAUUCCAUUUCCAACUGCAGCUGCAAUACUGUUCAUUUUCUAUGGAAAUUGACAAUGACAGCGACGCGUUUCCAUAGUAAAAUGAACAGUAUUGCAGCUGCAGUUGGAAAUGGAAUGUCACUCUUAAGCCAAGCGCGCACCACGAUUUUUUGUCGCGCGAUAAUUUAGUCGCAGAAAUGUAACGUAUGGGUUUAUAUGGCGGUGCGCGCAUAUGCGACAAAAAAAUCGCAGCGAUUUUAAAAUUGUGAUUUGUUACAUUUUUCCGCGACAGCGCGCGACGCGAUUGUCGCAAAGUGAAUUGCAGCAUACGAAGCUGUAUGGCCCCGCGCGCACUGCUAUAAUAAAAUCGCAGCCGGGACCUCAGUCGGCAUUUCGCUCUCCAAGCGUCAACAUAUCGGAACCUGCUUCUCCAAUGGAGUUACAAGAUGAGACGCUAGAUGUUGACCGUUUAAUUAUAGAAAUAGAAGGAGAUCACCUUUGUGGUAUAAAUACUCAGUCAUACAGCGAUUGCAUAUUGUUUCACGACAAGCGACUGGUACGACAUCCAUGUCGAGAAUGAACAAAUCGUCGACUUUUUCAUCGCAGUGCGCGCACUGAAUUUUCUGCGAUAAAUUACAGCGCCAUUCUAAAAUCGUGUCGCAAAAAUUAAAAUCGUGGUGCGCGCUUGGCGUUAUUCGACUCUAAAAAGCAACAGAUAGUGGCGAGAUCCUUGAGGCAAGUAGUGAUGUCCAAUACGAAAUGAUUUAUGGUCUGUUGUUUUUCUCAUACUGAUAGUUCAGUUGUGAAUUUCGAUAUUUCUGAAACUCUCGCGAGUGAAACAGGAUCACAGAGCGACAAAACAGCGACGCCACGAUAACGGCCACUAUUCGGCCUGACCCUCGACACUUGACUGUUUCUGGACACAUGUUAGAGGUCCCAUUGCAAUUGCACCACUUAAAAAAAUCUUAAACCGUCUAAUUGGGGCUUGGCUUUUUUUAAAUUUAGAACCUUGUUUCAUUUAAUUAAGGUUCAAAUUCGCCUUUUUAUUUGUCCCCUGUAAAAGCCUCUGUGUAAAAGUUUAUCUUUCGUACAUGUCAUUCAUAAUAUAUCAUUAUUCAUUAAAUACCACUGUUCGUAAAAUUAUUGAUAUUUUAUAUAUUAUUUAUUACAGAAUGUUAUUAUUAAUUAUUAUGAUUUUUUCCUAUACACGUUGUUAUCAAUUUAUCAUUACGUAGUACGUACCUAAUUAAGACAAAUCUUCCGCCUAUGUUUGGAUUUAGGUUUAAGUAUAGAUUUAAUUUAAUUAAUUUGAUGUGGUGGUUUUAAUAUACCUACAAAUGUACCUAAUAUACAAAUUUUCGGGCGAGAUCAAACUUCUGUUUUUAAUAAUUGUCAGAAUUUUAAUAGGUAAUACUGUCUAUAUCGGCUCUAUCAAGUGAAUUCAUUCGAAACUAUCUAUUAACUUCUAGUCAUAAUUUUUUUCAACCAAUUACUAUGAUGCAGUGUGUUGAAGUUUUUUUUCAUUAGUUACGAACGCCCGAGAAUUGUAAAGUGAUUUUAUAUUUAAACAUUACAUUAUACAUUUACUGGACAUUACAUUAUACAUUUACUAGCAUUUUCGUAGCAACGAGUUUGACAUUUAGGUGCUAUCAAACCAAAGCGGAUAUCGUCGAUUAAUAAUCUGCUCUUAGAAGUAAAGUUACAGAAACAUAAUUUGCAAAGUCAUUAAUUACAAUCAUUACAGAUUGUCCGUUACUUCUUGAAGUAUAGUAAUGUCGCUGAGGACACGGCUUUGCGUGCGUGUGUUAAUAUCUUGCGGUCAUGGUAACUAAUUUUAUUUAUCAUGUAACUGAAUCUUGUAUUAUUGAUUCCUGUAAUACAAUCGCUACCACACUACGAAAAUGCUAUAAAAUGUAUGUUAUGUAAGACGUCUAAAUAUCAAAAUGUAUAUCACUUUGGUUCAUUAUCAUUAAGUAGUUUAUGAUUAUAAUUAUUUAAGUGUAGGUAUAUGUGUAGUUUAACCUCUAAAUUUUUAGACUCUCAUUUUACUGACAUUCCAUGGCCAAAACGAAUAUCUUGUUUUUGAUGUAUUACUUAUUUAUUAUAAAGACUUAUACGAAAACGCCCAGGAAAAGACCAACGAGGCAUGUUGAAUAAUACAAGUGUACGACAGUCUACGAUACAAGUAGAUUGGUUAUAAAAUUAGUAGCAAUUUUAUUACAUCUUAUUUCCAGUGCUCAUGUGGGACGACAGAUAGUAAGGUAAACGUACUAGUGCUUGACAUGCUAAUGCCCAAUCGAUGACACCUUGCUGUCACCUCUAUCGACAAUGACUUAAGUUUCAAGAUGUCAGUCAUGUAAAUAUUGGGACCGCGUCGAGCACCAGUAGGUACGUUUACCUUAUAAUAGAACUGGUGGGAAUAGUUUUUUUCGAUGUUGGGUACCAAAUGUAAAACGAAACUCGUAUUUUAUUUAGCUUUACGGACGUUCGUCCUACAUCGUUGGUUGCGUAUCACAACCGAAGACUAUAAAGAUGGUUGUUUUUUUUUCUAAAUAUUGCAAUUGUUAGCUAUCUGAGUGAAUUGCAUAAAAAAAAUUACAUAGUGAAGGACCUAUAAUUAGUCAAAAGUUGUUUGAUUCCUUUGUGUUACGCCACUUACGACAUUUAUUUUAAGCUAUUUCUAUUUAAGUUAUACGCAUGAAACCGUGUAAGCGUACGCUGUAUGCUAUAAAACUACGUGUGUGAAUUAAAUACAAUAAAAGGAGGGUGGGAAAAUUUGCCUAUUUGACCAAUAAGGACAAGCAAUAUGUCACUGGUAGCUUAUUCUAAGAUCUUACUAUGGCAGAUAGUCCCAAAUCUGUGUGUGAAUAAAGUUAGCAAAAAGUAGUGUGAGUUUAAACGUAGUUGUAUAGAUUUUUUCGAUACUAAGUUCCUGUGUCGCAGAUCAUUUAGGUUUUGUUAUUGUGGAUGAUUUGGUGUCACGAUUGUUUAGUUAUUUAUUCGUUUUCUUAUGUUUUAUUUUGUGUCAUAAUUUUAUUUAACAGAGAUUUGACAAGUCUCGCCAUACAAAAAAACCUUUCCAAUGGCAUGUCGCUUAUUCUUAUUGGUUCAUAGGCCAGUGUCCAUACAAAUCUGUCCAUCCUCCUUUACAUGGUUACUUUUCGUAACACAAAUGAAUCAAUUAACUUAAGUAUAAUCACUGGUUCUUAAUUACAGUUAAUUACUCGUAUGUAUACUUUUUUUGCAAUUCACUCAUCUACCUAUAAAUAUGAAAAUAAAUUUGAUCUGCAAAAUUUUGAUCUCUGUGGUAACGUCAAGACGGGUUGCCAUUUUAUCUUAUGGAUGUAAGUUCUAUUAAGACUGAAUGUACCAAACUGUUUGAAUAUGCAUGCCAAAGUAUUAAAUAUAAAUAUAUAUGUAUAUAAAGAA